AUGCCAGGAGGACCAGGCCAUGUUGUUGAGCGUUCACCUACCAAAAACCGUGAGGAUUCGCAUGUGCCUAAAACAUUUGACCCCGUCGAAGACGCAACUGGCCCGUCGAAUGUCAACGGUGUCGCCCGCCAAACCAAUACUUCCGAAGCAAAGACGAGUGAUCAAUCAAACGACGUGCCCAUCCACUAUGUGAACAAUGUGGCCUGGAGGCGACAGAAAGUCGUUGCGGAGAAUGAACCUCUAGUCGACACUACGGCAGCCCUGGCAUUGCAUUCGAAGAAGACAGCCCGCCUUCAAAGACGACAGCAAAAAAAGCAGGCCCGGAAAGUGCACUCCGAUGUCCACUCAUUCCUCGAUCUCCCUCAGGAGUUGCUCUCCAUGAUACUGAGCUUCUUGCAACCUACUGACAUCGUCAACUUGCUUCUUCUCAACAAGUCCAUGCACAUGUUCAUUUUGGACAACGAACGAUCAAUCGCCGACGACAUUAUGAACCGUCGCUAUUGGACACUCAGGCAGUGCUUUCCGCCACCCGUGUCACUCGACCAAGUUCCCUCGAUCGCUCGACCAGCGCUUAUGAAUGAGCAACGGCAGGGCCGAGGUCGAAUCCACAAGAUCCAAUACCAACAUAUCAAGCAGAUUGAUUCGUCGCGUCUGUGCACGUGUGUGAGUUGCGUCCUUUCGUGGAACAACCUCAACAUUAUUCUCGACCUCGCCUACUGGCAGAAGAACCUAGAGAACCGCGAACCGUUACCAGUGAUACCUCCUGGACGGAACCCGGAUUGGAACGUUAAGUUGCUGGAUCGGCACGCUGCGAUCGUUGCGAAAGCGACGAAAAGCCCGCUCACCCAUGCACGGAUCCUGCAAAUGCACCUCGACACAACUAUCCGCACCAUCAUCCGAUUUGGGAAAUGGGAGAAGAAAGGAGACAAAGCCAGAAAACCGGAGUCUCGUCUGUAUCAUCUUACCGACGCAGAAGCCGCUGCUGGAACUGACGAGUUCCUGGAUCGUAAGGGGCCCCCGAGCUAUCAACCACUUUAUAUGCGCGACAAUUACUACACCGUUGGAGCUUUUGUGCCACAGCGCAAGUGGGAUAUAGACGACCAGAAGUGGUACUACUAUGCAAAGUGGCCGCUGCCUCACGAGAAUGAUCUGAACUGGAUCGUCGCGAGGUUCACGCCGAAAUCGUAG